AUGGCCCAGCUAAAGAAAAUCCUGCCAGGCAGGGCCCUGGUCAGGCUGCAGACCCAGCCCAAACCCCAGCCCGGUCAGCCUCUGCUCUAUUCUGGGACCUUUGACUGCUUCCGAAAGACUCUGGUUAGAGAGGGAGUCCGAGGCUUGUAUAAAGGAAUGGCAGCUCCUAUUGUUGGAGUGACACCCAUGUUUGCUGUCUGCUUCUUUGGAUUUGGCUUGGGAAAAAGACUCCAACAGCGAAAACCUGAUGAUAUUUUGACAUAUCCUCAGCUGUUUGCUGCUGGCAUGUUGUCGGGAGUGUUUACAACAGUAAUCAUGGCUCCAGGAGAGAGAAUCAAGUGCCUCUUACAGAUCCAGGCAGCUACAGGUGAAACUAAAUACAGUGGCCCAAUGGACUGUGUGAAACAGCUGUACCGUGAGGCUGGGAUUCGAGGCGUAUUCAAGGGGACAGUGCUCACCCUCAUGAGAGACGUUCCAGCCAGUGGAAUGUACUUCAUGACGUAUGAAUUUCUUAAUAAGCUUUUACUUUUUUUUUUUUUCUUCCCAUCCCACCCUACUCCAACCCACUACAGUGUGAGUGACCUCAGUGUGCCUAGGAUCCUCUUUGCUGGGGGCCUAGCUGGGAUCUUCAACUGGGCAGUCGCCAUUCCACCAGAUGUGCUGAAAUCCCGUUUCCAGACAGCUCCUCCCGGAAAAUAUCCAAAUGGCUUUAGAGAUGUGCUGAGAGAACUUAUCAGAGAAGAAGGAGUUGCAUCUCUGUAUAAGGGCUUCACAGCUGUAAUGAUCAGGGCAUUUCCUGCUAAUGCAGCUUGUUUCCUUGGUUUUGAAGUUGCUAUGAAGUUUCUUAAUUGGAUUGUACCAGGUCUAUGAAGACUAGGAAGUCUUUGGAAAUUAGAGAUGAGAGGGAAGAGAGUGCAAAUGUGCCUCAAAGGAAUAAAAGAAUGAUCACUUGAAGUUCCAGGAAUGAUUACUUAUCUAAUACCUUUUUGCCUUCUUCACAUUCUUUAGGUGGUGCUAUGUGCCAUUCAGAAGUAUAAGCCAUAAUUCUGAAACAGAGCUGAUCAGGAGCUAGAGGUGAUACACCUGAUUUCUGAGCCAAUGUACCACAGCAGUAACGCUGCUAAUAAACAGCUCUCACUAUUACAUAUGCUUCCUUAAGUACUUCCUCAUGGAAGAAGGGGAGAUUUCUUACGUUUUUAAUUCUUUAUUUACUGAAGAAUCAUAUAGCUAUUAAUGCUGAGAAACCUCCAUAAAAUAAUUGUUAGGCAGUGUGUGCUUAACUCUCAGGGCAUAAGCUAACAGUUGCACAUAUCUACAAGCAAUUUCAAAUAGCAUCUCAUCUCUUGUAGCUGUUUAGUUGUGGCUGUUAGCAUGUGGACGGUGGUCUUAAUCUUAUGUGUAAAGGCAACAAAUAUGGAGGUAAGCAGGUGUAAAGGCAACAAAUAUGGAAGUAAGCAGGUGAGGCCAGAAUUAUGUUUCAGUGCAUUGAGAGGUAUUACAAAUGCCACAAAGGAUCUUGCACAUUGAUCUUUUCUGGGGAACUAAGAGGAAAAAUGAAUUAUGCUCAAAUGUGUUUACUGACUUUACUAAGGCAGCCAGGGGAGAAAUGUGUUUAACUCACCUGAUACCAUCUUUUCUCUGAAAUCCCUUUGUUACUUUCUGUUCCAGUGAAUGGGAUAAAUAUCUCAAAUGCAAUUUAACAGAUAUAGUGUGAUCCAUAGCAAUCCAUUAUAUAUUUGAUUCAUCAAACGAUUUGUCCUGGGAUUCAGUACCAGACCUAAGAAAUUUUAAGAGGACUUCUAAGAACUCAGUUUCUGUAAUACAUGAGGGGCAUACAUAAAGGGGACAGUAGCUCUAAAGUCCUGUUUAACUUUAUUCUUACUCCUGUUUCUUGUUUUUCUCUUUAUCAUUAAACAUAAUCCAUUUUCAUCUGAGAAAUGACUAAUGCUAAGGAGCAAAAAGCAACUUUAAUUUGUUCUGGUUAUGAUGCAGUGUUAUCAGAACUCAAUAAAGCUAGCUGCUGCUUGGCUAGAA